AUGCCAUGUCAGGCACUUCGCAGAAUUGGUCCAAAGCUGGUACGCAGACGAAUGCUGGAAGAAGAUGUGAAUGAGAUGGCCCCUGCCAGAAGACGGACCACUCUGGAUUUAGUGGCCCUGGGUGUGGGCUGCACAGUGGGAGUAGGUGUGUUUGUCCUGGCUGGGGAGGUGGCUAGAGAUGUAACAGGACCAUCCAUUGUGGUCUGCUUGUUGGGAGCCAGUCUGUCUUCUGGGUUGGCUGGGCUGUGCUAUGCAGAGUUUGGUGUCCAGGUUCCCUAUGCUGGCUCUUCAUAUCUCUACACCUAUGUCACUAUGGGUGAAAUCUGGGCUUUCAUCACUGGCUGGAACCUCAUUGUCUUCUUUGUUGCUCAUACAGCCACUGUGGCUCGGGCUUGGACCUUAGCUUUUGACAAUCUGCUUGGGAACCAGAUCUCUCAGACCCUGCAUGAGAGCAUCUCACCAAAUGUUCCCCAGCACCUGGGAGAAAUUCUAGGCUUCAUUGUUGUGGGCCUUAUGUUGUUGCUGAUGGAAUUGCUGACUCUGAGGAAUAGGUGGAUUUUCCCGGUUUCCAAAGUGGUUACAUUGGUGAAACUUUUGGCUCUCAGUUUCGUCAUCAUCUCAGGCUUCAUUAAGGGAGACCUGCACAACUGGAAGCUCACAGAAGAGGACUAUGUAAAGGCCGGACUCAAUGACACCUCUAGCUUGGGCCCUCUGGGCUCUGGAGGAUUUGUGCCUUUUGGGUUCAGGGGGAUUCUCCGUGGAGUAGCUACCUGUUUCUAUGCAUUUAUUGGUUUUAGCAUUAUUAUUACAAGAGUGGAAGAAGCCCAGAAUCCUGAGCAUUCCAUCCCCAUGGGCAUUGUGGUUUCACUGCUCAUCUGCUUUUUGUUGUAUUUUGGUGUUGCUGCAGCACUAACACUUAUGGUUCCUUACUACCAGCUUCGACCUGGGAGCACAUUGCCAGAGAUAUUUCUCCAUAUUGGCUGGACAACUGCCUACUAUGCUGUAGCUUUUGUAUUCCUCUGUAGUCUUUCUGUCAGCAUCUUUGGCUUUAUGUUCCCCAUACGUAAUCUGAUAUACAUGAUGGCACAAGAUGGCCUCCUGUUCCCUGUCCUUGCCAGAAUCCAGACCAGCACAUACAUGCCCAAUGUGUCCACUGUAAUCUUGGGCAUCAUUGUAGGAAUCAUGGCAUUCUUCCUUGGACUCACUGAUCUUCUGGAUCUCAUGUCAGUUGGGGCCCUGCUAGCUUACUCCCUGAUGGCUCUUUGUGUUCUCAUCCUCAGGUACCAGCCUGAGAGGAGGAAUGGGGUAAAAAAAGCACAGGAGCAGGAAGAGAAUGGACAGGCAGCAGAGAAGCUAACACUACAAGAAUUGUUUUUUCCAGGGAGUCCCACCCCCACUCCACUCUCUGGCUGGGUUGUCAUUGUUUGCUCCUCACUACUUGUUCUGCUGCUGGCUCUCCUCUGCCUGGUGCUGGCCCACUGGCCAGGUCUGCUUUCUGGAGACCCAGUGCCAAUCACAGUGGUUGUGCUGCUCCUGGUGCUCAUCAUUGGGAUCACUGGGGUCAUCUGGAGACAGCCACAGAGUUCUACUCCCCUUCACUUUAAAGUCCCUGCUCUGCCUCUCCUCCCACUCCUGAGCAUCUCUAUGAAUGUUUAUCUUAUGAUGCAGAUGUCAGCUGGCACCUGGGCCCGAUUUGGUGUCUGGAUGCUGACUGGGUUUACUAUAUACUUUGGCUACGGGAUCCAGCACAGCUUAGUCCGUUAA